AUGCCUCCUCCGCCGCCUCCUCCCCCUCCCCCUCCUCCAGGCAUGGGAGGUCCUCCACCACCGCCUCCGCCGCCGCCUGGAGGAAGUAUGCCUGCCAGGCCAGCUAAAGGUGCUGGUGGUGGGGACAGAAGCGCUCUUUUCGCAGAUAUCAACAAAGGCGCGCCCAGACUAAGGAAAGCGGUUACCAAUGAUCGAUCGGCGCCCAUUGUUGGGAACGAGAACAAAUCUGGAGGUCCACCGAUUGGAGGCGCACCACCAGUACCGGGGAUGCCCAAGGCUCCCGGUGGACUAGCGCCUCCUAUCCCUUCGGCGAACAGAUUACGAAGCAGUAGUGAUACCGGGCCGGCGAGAGAUGAUAGUGGCAGUUCAGGCGCAACGAGCGGUGCACCUCAAUUGGGGGGUUUGUUCGCUGGCGGCAUGCCUAAGCUACGCAGUCGAGGCGGUGUUGAUACUGGUGCGAACAGAGACUCUUCAUAUCUGUCCGACUCAGAAGCAACUCGUCCASGAGCCACGACCGCGUCAGCACCAAGACCGCCAGUAGGCGCAGCACCGAAACCACCAGGAGCGCGACCACCUCCAGUACCUCCCUCUGCUCCAGAGUCUCCUGCACCCAACCCAUUAGUCGCGAAUCUGCGAAGGCCACCACCAAAGCCUGCGUCGCGGCCCUCGUCUACCUUGGAGAUACCACCGCGUGCUCCCCCUCCUCUUCCAGGGUCAGGAAAGACUCCUCCACCACCUCCCCCAUUGGCAUCUCGAAAGCCGUCUGGUACGGCGCCCUCAGUACCACCGCCGCCUCCUCCUCCUGUAUCAGUGAGCCCUGCACCGCCGAGUGCACCACCACCACCGCCUUCCAUACCUGCUCCGAGGCUUCCUGUUUCGGCUCAUCCCCCGCCUCCUCCACCGCCAUCUUCAGCUCCACCUCUACCCAAUGGGGCUUCUCCUGCUGUUGCAUCCAUUGCGAUGCAAGCUGCUCGAAAUGCUUUUGGACACUCACACAACACUUCAGCUCCUUCAGCACCACCUCCAGGCUCAGCACCAUCACUGCCAGUAUCUAGUCCACCACCACCUCCCCCGCCUACGUCACCGCCUUCUUUAGCACCUCCUGGGCGUCCGUCUGCAUCUUCAACUCCCGUAUCAUCACGACCUACCUCAUACGAUGACCAUUCUCUCCGCAGUCAGGGGCGGUCAGCUCUAGAUCCAAGCGCUUAUACACUUAGCAACGGGACAUCAACUCCAGUUUCCCAUCCAUCAUCACCAGGACCGACUCGAAGCACGGUACAAGAUACGCGCUUCAAAUUCCAGGACGAGAGUCUACUACCCAAACCUCGACCUUUUACCGGUGGAGUACGGAGAUAUCGCGCGGGCAGAGGAAGUAGUGUCCCACUUGAUCUUAGCUCGAUAGGAUAG